CAAAUCGAGCUCCUUCAUGGCUUGGUUCAGAAGCUAUGGCCGGGCUGAUGACAGCAUCGAUGCGGCCGCCCUCCAAGCCCGCCGGGCCACCGCGCGCCGAAUGGCCGUCAUCGGCGUUUCGGCCCUCAUCCUGAUCGCCGUUGUUGUGGCAGCCACGGUCUCCGCGGCCAGUCGCAGGUCCGACGAUCGCGGCCCUGACGACACUGGUAACACGUUCUCUUCGUCCAUCAAGGCCGCCUGCGGCGCCACAUUGUACCAGGAGCAGUGCGUCCGCUCCCUUGGCCCGUUGGCCAACGGCAGCACGCUCGACCCGGUGAAGAUCUUCCAGCUGGCCGUGCAAAUCACCCUCGACGAGCUUUCGAAGGUUUCCGCCGCUCUCGACUCUGUCGCGCUUAACGAGUCCCUCGACAGUUACACUGCUGCCGCUCUUACCGAAUGCAAGGACCUCAUGGGGUUCGCCAUCGACCACCUCAACGACACCUUGUCUGUCACCAACUUCACGGCCAAAGACACCGUCGAUGACCUCAAGACAUGGCUGAGCGCCGCCAUUACAGAUCAGUACACGUGCAUCGAAGACAUGGAGGGCGCCUUACCGGCUGUCAAGACUGUUGUAGUUGAAAGCCUGGCGAACUCCACCAAGUUCGCAAGCAAUGCGCUUGCGAUCUUCAACGAGUUCACCAAUUUCUUCAGACGCUUCAAGCUACGAAGACUGAUGAGCUUUUCGAACGACGAUCGGGAUGCGUUUCCUGCGUGGCUGUCGUCGAAAGACCGUAAGCUGCUCUGGAGCACUGACGUGCGGAAGGACGCGGACAUCGUCGUCGCGAAAGACAGCUCGGGCAGAUACAAGACCAUCAAGGCUGCGCUGGCGGCGGUGCCAAAGAAGAGCAGAAAGAGGACCGUGAUUUACGUGAAGAAGGGGGUGUACAAGGAGAAUGUCAAGGUCGACAAGACCUUGUGGAACGUCAUGAUGGUCGGCGAUGGCAAGGCGGCGACCAUCAUCACCGGAAGCCGCAACGUCGUCGACGGAACGCCUACGUUCCAGACGGCAACCUUGGCCGUGUUCGGGAAGGGAUUCAUAGCUCGAGACAUGGGAAUCCGGAACACGGCCGGGGCGGUGAAGCACCAGGCGGUGGCCAUGAUGUCGAAGUCGGACCAGUCGGUGUUCUACCUCUGCUCCUUCGACGCGUUCCAGGACACGCUGUACUCGCACUCUCUCCGGCAGUUCUUCCAGGAGUGCGACAUCACCGGCACCGUCGACUUCAUCUUCGGCAACGCCGCCGUCGUCUACCAGAGGUGCAACAUCCUCCCGAGGGCCCCCAUGGCGGGGCAGCCGGACACCAUCACCGCCCAGGGCAGGGUCGACCCGAACCAGAACACCGGCAUCUCCAUCCACAGCUGCAGCAUCAAGCCCAACGGGAACGUCGCGGGAGUGAGAAUAUACCUCGGCCGGCCAUGGAAGCCGUACGCGGUGGCGGUGUACAUGAAGUCGGCGAUGGCGGGGAUCAUCGAUCCCAAGGGGUGGCUGCCGUGGAGCGGGAACUCGGCGCCGGACACCAUCUUCUACUCCGAGUACCGAAACACCGAGCCGGGGUCGUCCACCAAGAACAGAGUCAAGUGGAAGGGGGUGAAAACUAUGACGGCAGCGCAAGCUAACGAGUUCACAGUAACUCCGUUCGUUGGUGGCAAUUUGUGGCUACCAAAAACCGGAGUUCCCUUCACCCCUGGCAUGUGA